UCGAGACGAGAGCAGAACCAACCCGGCCGCCGUGACGCGGCCGAUUUUUGGACGGGCUUGGCGCCGCGUUGGUCUCGCGCGCCGCGCGGACAAAGGCCGUGCGAAAGCUCAGAUAUGAGAAAAUCGACCAAUCCGAAACGAGAAAAAAGCCAAGUGGCCAAUCAAAUGCCAGGUGGUCCACAACCUGCUCGAUCCAGCACCCAACAACAGGUAUCGCGAGAAGUCGAGUCGGGAGUUGGUCACGAUCGCAUCGACCGCCGCCGCAUCCGAUGUCGUUCGCGAAUCCUCCCAUCGCACGAGGCGAGGCUGUGGACGACGACGACCGACGCCCUGGCGACGGACUCAUUCUCAGUUCGACAGGAGCGACGUCGUUGCUCACGUCGUCCCUCCACCGCCGCGCCGGCACGUCGCCAAACAAGGUCGCGUGCACAUUCACUUCGGCCGCCAUUGGUUCCAGUGUCGACAUGACGUUUGCUUCGUUGGACAUGUCCGCCCGCCGGAUCGCGUCCAUGUUGACUGGUGCACCGAAACGUGUGGACCGGCCGGUGUUUUCGCGUGGCGACUGUGUGCUGUUGUGGUACCCUCCCGACGGCAGCACACACGAGCUGGUUGCUGCAUUCUGGGGAUGUCUGUAUGCCGGUGCGGUUGCCGUCAUCGUGGACGACGCACAGACCCUCCAUCGCGUGCAGCAGGACACACAGGCUGUGCUGGGCCUCACAACGUCGUCGUUCUUGCGGCAACGCAAACUCGACAAGGUCAAGGAUGCGCUGCACUUGACCAAGCUGUUUCACCGCAAGAAAAACGACAAACUGCGACAGAGUUUCAUGCAAACGUUUGCCACGUUUGACGACCACAGCGCCGACGUGUCGCGCGCUGCCAGUCGCGUCGUGUGGCUCCCCGCCGACCGCGCGCCAGCCAUUUCAGAAGCAACGUCAUCCCGCAUCGUCGAACACGCGUCGUCCUUUGGCGCGUCGACUGUGGCGUGCAUCGUGUAUACUGCCGGCUCGUCCGAUGUGCACCGCAAGCCUGUACAAGUCAGUCACGCAAACUUGGCUGCCGCCGGUGGCGCACCGUUCGAUUGGAUCCAGCCCACGGAUUGUGUGGUGACGACGCUUCCACUACACACACCCAGUGCGUUGGUGCACGCGGUGAUUGUGCCUGUCGUCCACGGGUGCCGAAGCGUUGUCGUCAGCACGCGCGAGAUGGAGACCGACCCGUGUCGAUGGAUGGACGUGGUGGCGUCGGAGCGCGCCGUGUUAGCAUCCGCGUCUCCUUCGACGAUUGCGGCGGCGGCAGCGAGUCGGCGUGCUACCAACUCCAUUUCGCGCUCCGGGACAUCCGUCGUCGACCGGCGGCACUUGUCGUCCCUCGUAUCUGUCAUGUCGAUCGGCGGGCCUUUGCACCCAACGACCAUGGAACGGUUCAUCCACGCAUUUCACUUGCGACCGUCGCAAGUCGCAUGUGGGUUUGCGGUCGGGGAAGCCAUGGGUAUGGUCACCUCGACGACUCGGACGACGGAGCCGCCUCACGUCCUGGCCGUGAGCCGCCGUGUCCUGGAGCAGUGCCACCAACUCGAACCACUCGAUGCCACCGCGGAGACCCAUCACGUGGAUCUCGACGCGGUCGUUCUUGGUAGCGACACCCUCCCGGACAACUCGAGCUCGGACUCCAAGGACGUGAUGCUCUUGACGUCGUCGGGAUGGCCCCUCCCGCACAUGUCUGUCAUCGUGGUGGAUCCUGUUUCGUGUAUCCAGCUGCCAGAGGGCCUCAUCGGCGAGAUUUGGGUCCAUGGGCCAUCCUUGUCCCCCGGCUACCUCCAUCACCCCGCGAGCCACCACCAGUACAAGUUUACACAAGGAACGCUGCACGUGCCAUCGACUCGGCGGAGCAAGCAUAGCCUGCGGCACACCGGUCGGCCUGGUUUGAAGUCACCUUUGGCCACCGUCGACCCAACAUUGGCGCCAUUAACGUACCAUCGUACGGGCGACUUGGGCGCGCUGUACCUGGGCGAGCUCUACGUCGUGGGCCGAGCCGUCGACGUGCUGCAACUGCCGGACCGGUGGCUCACGCCGUAUGUGGUCGAGACAUCCGUGCGGCACUGCAGCGCGCUCGUGUCCCAUGUCUGUGUGUACGGCGACCGUGACAUGGCGGUGGUGGUCGUGGAAACGAAAUCGGACAUUCAACAUGCGCGCGAUGGCCCGGUCGUGGCGCAUAGCUUGUGCAAUGCCGUGAUCAAGUGCGUUGUGGCCCAUCACGAUCUCCACGUGGGAAAGGUCGUCGUGAUCAAGCCGAACGCGAUGCCGUUGACGGCAUGCGGUAAGGUUCAGCGGGGCCGCGUGAAAGCGCUUGUGACGGCGCAGGACCCGACCGCCGUCGUGCUCGAAUACCAUCAUUAUCCGACGAUCGAGGUGCCGGUGGGCGGCGCGUCCGAGGGAUUUUUAAUUUAGUCGACUGCUGUUCAGGGA